ACCUCCACUGUUCAACGACUUGAGUUUCUUAUAAGUUGUUGGGGUUUAUUUGAAAAGAAGAGAAAAUGAAAUCCGGAGAUGAAAUGGAUAACUACAAUAAUCUCACGCAAGAUCACUACCCACCUCUUCCGGAAUUCCAGCCGAGAGUCGACAUUGAGAUGAUGGAAUGGCUGUCUCGAUUGCAAAACAAUCGCCGAUUGCCCAAUUCAAUUUUCUAUCCGCUUCUACUGGCAUACGCCGUCAUGAUCCUGUUUGGUGUCCUAGCCAACGGCCUCAUCAUCACCCUGGUCCUCCGCCAAAGAUCCAGGCACCAACUGCGUCACCUGUUGAUGAUUAAUUUGUCCGUCUCGGAUUUACUUUUGUGUCUGGUGACGAUGCCGUUGACAUUUAUGGAAUUGGUCUGCUUCAGUUGGCCGCUGGGCAACUACCCGCUUUUGUGCAAGUUGGCAGGCUCGAUGGAAGGCGUGUCGGUUUAUUGCUCGACUUUGACACUGGCAGCCAUCGCCAUUGAUCGCUACCAUUUGAUCGUUUUCCCAGUCCGCAGAGAAGGUCCCAUCGGAUACUGGACAGUGUCGUGUCUCCUGCUCGGCAUCUGGACGGGCAGUUUGCUCUUCGCUUGCCCGCUCUUCUUGUUCCGCUCGUUGAAACACGUCCCCCUAAAUGAGAAGUUGCUGGGCGUGUCGUCGAUCCAAUUUUGCGUGGAAGAGUGGCCGGAAUCGUCGCCAGCGGCUCUCAUUUACUCGGUGGCCAGCACCCUGUUUCAGUUCCUCAUCCCGGCCAUCAUCAUUGUCUUCGCCCACGCUUCCAUUUGCGCCCGUCUGCGGCGUCGCUUUCAAGGCACCAACCGCCGGCCGGGCCUCCACCGACCCAAGACCCACCAACUCCUGUCGGCCAUCGCCCUGACGUUCGCCCUGUGCUGGAUCCCGCUCAACUUGUUCAAUCUCCUCGACGCUUUCUUCUACGUCCUGUCCGGCGACCAGGAACUCAAGUUGACCGUCUACGCCGUCUGCCACUUGGCCGGCAUGAGCUCGGCCUGUCUCAAUCCCGUCUUCUACGGCUGGCUCAAUCACAACUUGAGAGCGGAACUCGUCCGGCUCUUCCCGCAAAUCAUCCGCUACACCAAAUCAUCCGCUUCGGGCACCAACACGACCGGCAACAACAACAACACGACCAUUCAAGCCCAGCUCACCUUGGCCGACGCCAUUUCUUACGUUUGAAAUUUUCUCUUUUUCUCUUUUGCCAAUUUGGUGCGAACAGAUUUUUGACACAUGGCAGUCCCCGGUGACUCCCGAAAUUUAUUUCAUUUCAUUUUGAAAGCGACUGUGUUAAAUAUUACAUCAUGUUGUCCAUAAAAGUGUUUUGAAAAGAAAAGAUGGUUCAUAUUCCGCGCGUGGUGACCGUAAAGUGACGUCAGACAAAUUUCGCUGCCUUUCUCUCUCUCUCUCUCCUUGGAAAUGUUUUUAAAAAUCUGUACAACUUCUCUCUAAUCCUAUCCAAAAAAAAAUCGUGUCAUUAUAUUACCGUCUAUAACAAAUUAUAUUUGUUUUUGGGUUUCUUAUUUCUCAACUGAUGGGAC